UUUAUACCUCAAGCUAUGAAUGAAUUAGAUUUUAGUCCGCGAAAAUUAUUGACUUUCGAAAAGCAUAUCACAAUACUUUAAAAUGCAAAUGGAAAUUAUUUUAAUAAUAAUAUCCUUAUCAGGUCUUUGGACUUUUUGUCUGAUACUAAUAAUUCUGCAUCACAAAACAUCAAACUCUAGUCACUCUUAUCACUACACCAAACAUCUACGUUGUGGAUACUUAGCUUCAUCUAUAAAAUUCAUAAAAUGUAUUAAUUUAUGCAGCAAGUUCUGUAAAGUUUCUAAAAACUCAUUAUCCCAUGACUUUGAAUGUGAAGGCAACUGUCAGAAACAAAUAUCAUCUUUUAAUUCAAAUACUUCUAACCAUUCACGUAUAAAAAUUUUUCAAAAUCCUAUAGAUCACGAAACAGCUAGAGUUAUCCCAAACUACCAUCUCAAAUCCAAUCUUAUUCAUUUAACUGAUGUCAAUUUUAAGCAAAAGCAUUUGAAACCAUCAGCUUCAUCGUACAAAAAUUAUCAAUUACAAAGUUUUUUGACAGUACCCAGUGAAAAAAAGAUUUCAUUAAACAUUGGUGUAUACAAAACAUCAGAUUCAUCAUUUAGUUGUAGUCAUUUAGACGAAAUGUUGGAUUCAUUUGACUCAAUGGAUGAUUCAAGUCAUCUGGACAGUUUAUUGGAUGGAAUCCCUCAUCAUAGAGUGAAUAUGAAUACUUCACGUAGACUGGACUAUAAGAAUUUUCAUAGUAAAACUUUAGCACUGAAAUAUAAAAAUUAUCUGUCUAAAAUUAAACAGUCGUCUAAAUUUGAUAGACAAGAAUUAAGAUUACAUUUAGCCAGUGAAACGAUAAACUUGAAAUCUGGCGAAAAGUCGAGACCGGUCCAUUUUAAUGAUGCGAAUUUGGAAUCACCCUGGGUCAAGGCAAACAAUACAGUUCAAGGCAAUUUACCCAUUUCUGAUCAGACUAGUCAAUCAAGCUGUUCAAGUUGUAAGGAUGAAAUUCAACCCUCACUUUGCCCAAAAGCACGCGAUCCAAUCAAUAUUUUGGCCGACUUGUAUACGCCUUCACAUAAAGUUAUCCUAGAUGAAAUAAUUUUACAAGGGACAUUCAGUAGUUUACACCAAGCCAAACUUCUCGUAACACUUCGAAGAAAUGGUGUAUUUUCAAAUAAAUGGAAGAAAGUAUUGGUCAAAACAUUAACUGAAAAGGCUACGACAGAUCAAGUACGUGUUUUCAUGACUGAUGCAUGUAAAUUUGCUGGAACAAAACAUUCUCACUUAUCAACAAUUAUUGCAGCUUCAAACAAUUUAAUUCAUGAUGAUUCUCAUAUAAAUCAACAGACAAUUAGUCGACCAGUAAUAAUCUAUUCUAAUGCUAAAUAUGGUAAUUUAAAAAUCUUUCUACAAAGAUCUAAAAGGAUCUAUGAUGCUAAAUUUAGCCCAAAUAUGAUUCUCACUGCCACACAGUUGAUUAAUAUGGGUUUGCAAAUUCUCAGCGCAGUAGAUUACUUACACAGCAUCAACUUAAUACAUGAAGAUAUUGCAACAAGAAAUUGUGU